GACUUAAAGCUUCACUUCUGUAAUAAAGGUCUUGGUUCUCGAUUUUGACCCUGUCCGUGACGUUCCUCUUUCGUGCCUCCAGAUGAAUCUUACCUCUUCAUAUUUAGCGUGAGCAAUUCGCUAAACUAAUCUGUCGUGCUACCUCUCCUAAGUCUCAUUCUUCAAUCUCGAAGCUGGAGAUGUACAGAAGUCUUUGAGGAAGCUAUUUCAAAUUGUUCUCACGACAUGAUCUAGAACAUCUCACCUCAGGUAAGAUUCUGGACAGCUUCCUGGUGCGCUGCGCCUCCACGACAGAUAAGCUUUGGCCUCGAUUUGGGGGCGCCUGAAUCGUUUCAUAGACGUCGCGACCUCUUUCUAUUGUCAACACUCUCAACUUCUCUCUGUCAAUCGUUUCUCUGGUCUCAACUGCUGUCACCAUACCUUCUUCGUGCCUCAUCAAACCUACAGAUCCUAACCCGAGCAAUCUCCGCUCAAGAUGUCGUUCCUCAACUCCUCCACCGAAGUCAAAACGACAACAAUCCUCAAACCACACAUCACCAGAUCUCACGUCCUCCGCCUCCUCCACAAUCCAUCCAAAAUGCUCGCCCUCAACCCAAUAAUAAAGUCCCAUAGUCCCCUACCCGAUUCCUCCUCGAAAGCUUUCUUCACUAGAGUCGCACCCGAGAACAAGCCACCAACCACUGGCCCAGAACAGAUCGUGCCCGUGUACGCGAUUGUCGAAUCCACAGAUGCGGAAUCCUCAGAAGGGGGCGGAAGCUGGCGCGGCGGUUGGGCAAAGAGGUUUAUACCGGAGAGUAUAACUUAUGAGACCAGCAUGCAGAAUACGGAAGAGGGCAUGAUUUCGAUAACCCAAGCACCGAUGGGCGUCCAGAGUGUGACGAGAUGGACUGUCACCGAGAAGCCGGGAGAGGGUUUGGUGCUGGAGAAGAGGGGCAAGGUUACGAGUAAUAGGAUGUUAAUGACUUUUAUCAAGACGACGAUACAGGGUAGCUAUGAGAAGUUAGCGAAUGAUUUUGUGAUCGAGUUGGAGAGGAUGAUCGAUGAGGAGGAGCAAGAGAAGAAGAAGGAAAGUGAGGAGGAAGUUGUGGUUGAGAAGGUUACUUGAAAUUUUAUGGAGUUUCAUGGGAAUGGGAAUGGAUAGAUACUAUCAGGCGUUCUGGUGUGCUUUAUGGGUCUAGCAUAAGAUUAGAAUUGCGUGGGAAAGAGUGUUCUACGUUUGCUUUCAAGACUAGACGUCUAGAUGCUCAAGAUGUUGAUACAUGGUUUCUGCUGUCUCGCACAUUCUGCAUAUUCGGUGUUUCAUUCG